UCUAACGACAGUGGCUCAACAAGCACAAACCGGAUUGGUCGGUUUGGUGUUUUGGAGACGGGCUGCGAUUGGCCAAUGAAAGCAGUCUUACCUGCCGUGCAAGGCAUUAAAGUUUGGGUGAAAGGGCCGGCCCGGUGCUGGCGGGCAGGCGGGGAAGUGAAAUGUUGAGAAAGGAAGCUAGAAAAGUGUCAGAUGUGAGGAAUGGAGACUCCACAAUCUUCUCGCCGACAAACUUUCCCGGUGUUGGGCUAGUUGACGUCACCUCUGUCAAGGCAAACAUGGCGUCUGAGGUGAAGUUACACGCCAGCGAACUGCUGGAAGUUGACAUAUGUGACGCCGAGGACAACCUCGUCAACUCGGAAGACUUCUCCGGCUUCCAGCAGUGGACGAGUUCCACCGAGGCGCCCGAUGGAGCACCAUCGUCCCCCGCGCAGCUGCAGGAGGUCCCCUCCGGCUCGGUGGUCUCCAGCUGCGACCCAGACGUCCGAACCCCGAGGACGUCCAUCGUGGACCGCCUGCUGGUGGAGCUCUACGAGACGUACAGUGGCGGCAGGAGGAACGUGGACAGCUGGGACAGUUCCACCGAGGCGUCUGGACCGGAAGGAUUUCUGGGUCGAUGCAACACGGGGUCCAGUUUCCUCCAGGAGUUCCAGGAGAAGCACACCAGGAGGCACCAGGUCCACUACCUGUCCCAGAAAGCGCCGGAGGAGCUGCGUGCCAUCAUCCAGGAGGUGAAGUACCGCACGGGCGUGCAGUCGGCCAAGCUCAUUCGCAAUCUGAAACGGCGAGAUCGCCUCAUCCACAAACUGCAUAAGAACUACGACAUCAUCACAGCGUGCCUGCAGGCUGUCUCGCAGAAAAGACGAGUGGACACAAGGCUGAAGUUCACCAUUGAGCCUUCCGUGGGGAAGAAUGGAUUCCAGCAGUGGUACGACGCCCUUAAAGCCGUGGCCAGACUUCCCACUGGAAUCCCCAAAGAAUGGAGGAAGAGGGUUUGGCUGACGCUGGCUGACCAGUACCUCCACAGCAUCUCAAUCGAUUGGGACAAGACGCUUCGUUUUGCUUUCAACGAGCGCAGCAACCCAGAUGACGACUCGUUGGGCAUUCAGAUCGUCAAGGACCUCCACAGGACAGGCUGCAGUUCUUACUGUGGCCAGGAGGGGGAGCAGGACAGGGUGGUGCUGAAGCGUGUGCUGCUGGCCUACGCCCGCUGGAACAAAACGGUGGGCUACUGCCAAGGCUUCAACGUGCUGGCAGCGCUCAUUCUGGAGGUGACGGAGGGCGACGAGAGCGAUGCGUUGAAGGUGAUGAUCUACUUGAUUGACAAAGUGCUUCCUGAGAGUUACUUUGCUAACAACCUGCGGGCGCUGUCAGUGGACAUGGCGGUGUUCCGAGACCUGCUGCGAGUGAAGCUUCCCAGGUUGUCCCAGCACCUGCACCACCUCCAGAGGGCGGCCAACAGGGAGGCGGGUGGCAGCUACGAGCCGCCGCUCACCAACGUCUUCACCAUGCAGUGGUUCCUCACCAUGUUUGCCACCUGCUUGCCAGCGCCCACCGUGCUCAAGAUAUGGGACUCGGUUUUCUUUGAGGGCUCGGAGGUGCUGUUUCGGGUGGCCCUCGCCAUCUGGGAGAGACUGGGAGAGAGGAUCAUGUACUGUCAGACGGCCGAUGAGUUCUACAGCAUCAUGGGUUGUCUGACUCAAGAGAUGCUGGAUCACAACCUCAUUCAUCCUCCUGAGCUCAUACAGGAGGUCUAUUGCAUGGCGCCCUUCCCCUUCCCUCAGCUGGCUGAGCUCCGGGAGAAAUACACCUACAACAUCACGCCCUUCCCCAUGUCGGUCAGGCCCAACGGAAGCAGCAAUCACAGCGGCCGGGAGAGUGAUGACGACGAUGUCAACGUGGCCGAUGAAGACUCCAUGAUGACGGCGCUGGGCUGUCUGGGCCCGCUAGGCCUGCUGGCGCCAGAGCUCCAGCGCUACCACAAACACCUGAAAGACCAGCGAGUCGAGCUCGGGAACAUCGCAGAGCUGAGUCCGGGAGCGGUGGGAGGAGCUGGGGGCGGCGCCAGGGCGGAGCAUCAGGCGGCCAUCAACAGCAUGAUGAUGGAGAGGAUGAGCACGGACAUCAGCGCGCUCAAGAAGCAGUACACUCGCAUCAAGAGGCGGCAGCAGCAGCAGGCCAUGCAGCUAUGCAUACGCACAGACAAGUGUCCAGCCACACGCGUCCUGGCCUCCCAACUCAACCCCUCCAGCACCGUCAUCAACCAUCUGUUUCUGGGUCGGAAGCCCAUCGGCGCUCCUUGGGCUUCCACCUCCACUCUACCGGGGAUCCCAGCUGCUCCGUCCUCCCAGACACGAGGCUCUCCAUGCAGGCAGCGCUGCGGUUCUCGGCCCUCCAACAGUAGCGUGUCUUCAGGGAGCUCGGGAGGCGGGGCGGGGUCUCCCUGGCGAGCACACGUGCGAGCUCAUCGGAGGAAUGUGGCGAGGGCUCGAGCUCAGCUGGGCUUUGGCACUUCGGAGGAACUGGAUGAGGAGAAUGUGAAGCCAGAGGAGGGCUUGGCGGAGGGGAGCGUCUCCUCCGAGUCUUCACCCCCGGGCCCAUCAUGUGAAGAUGCUGGGCAGAAUCUUCCUGAUGGGACGGAGGUGGGGGAGGUGGAGGUGCAACUGGAUUCCAUGGACCUGGAGGACAAACCUACAAACAUGACCUCUCAUACGCAGCCUGUCCCUCUGCCGCCGCCUCCAUCUUCCAUCAGACACAAGGACUCGAGCACUUCUGAGAGCUCUGACAGACACUUUGCCGCCAUUGCGCCACCACCGCCGCUUCACACCUCCAGUGACCCCUGUGUCACUUCACCUUCCACUCUGAGUCCCUCACUUUCAUCGGAGUCUACAUUGGCAUCCGCCGAGCCGUCCUCCUCCUCCACGCCACCUUCUACCCCAAGCCGAAGCCCUGCUCAUCACCCCACUUCAUCCACACCUCUCCAGGGCUCCCGCUUCUACAAAACAGCCUCCCCCUUCACGCCGUCGCUUUCGUCCAUCGGCUCAUCAUCUCGAUCUUGCAUCCCUCCAUCCCCGUCCGCACCAUCCUUCACGUCCGCCGCCACCACUACGAUAGCGCAGGUCUUCUCGCCGUUCCCUUGUGUGAAGAUGCCCAGGAAGUCCGCAGCAGCCCGAAACCUCGGCCUGUACGGCCCGACCUCUCGGACGCCCACCGUUCACUUCCCCCAGCUGAGCCGCAACUGUAGCAGCGCUACUGGCACCACCAGGAGGCGCUGAGAACCUGCCGCCAGUCAGUCCCACCGUGUUGCCUCCUGAAUAUUGAGCAAAGUCUCUUAAAUGUUUGGCUGAGCUUUUCCUUCCCUAUGCAGGUCUGUCUGAACCGUACCAAACGCUGAUAGGAACCUACAAAGAAGGAACCCAGAGCCAUCCACUUGUUUCUAUGCCACGAAGGGACACACGAACAUGUGACACACGUUUCUGUUUGAGGCUCUCCCAAGCAGAGCAUGGAACCUAGCAUCCCGACUGUUGAACACCUUGAGGAAUGUAAACACAAUAAAUGGUAAAGGACAUGCUACUACUGUGUGGAUG